AUCCCUAAUCCCUGCUCUCUGCGCCUCCCCCACUUCCCCAUCCCGUCGGAAGUUUUUUUUUAGACCGGGCUUGAGCACGGAAAAACCCGGCCAGGUUCCAGCGACGCUCAUAACGCUUUCGUGUAAUAUAAAUGAUAUACUGGCCUUUCCAGAGCGCAUCAUCGCUUGCCAUUUCCUCGGCCAGAAGGAGAGGGAAAAAAAAAGGGAAAAAAGGUGGGGAGACCGGAUCAGUGGAAGAGUGGUGCGUCUUCCAGAAUUUCCCCAAACAGCUCCGAGAAAACCUAGAAUAUAACCCUAUUGUAAUUCCAAGGAAGAAAGGAUGUCCGGCCAAGGCCAGCGUCUGAAUGUGGUGCCCACGGUGACGAUGCUCGGGGUGAUGAAGGCACGCCUCGUGGGCGCCACCCGCGGGCAUGCCCUCCUAAAGAAGAAGAGCGAUGCCCUCACCGUCCAGUUUCGAACGAUCCUGAAGAAGAUCGUCUCCACCAAGGAAUCCAUGGGCGAGAUCAUGCGUGCCUCCUCUUUCGCCCUCACGGAGGCCAAGUACGCGGCUGGCGAGAACAUCAAGCAUGUCGUACUCGAGUCGGUCAAGUCUGCCUCCCUCCGUGUGCGCUCCCGCCAGGAGAAUAUCGCCGGCGUCAAGCUCCCACGGUUCGAGCACUUCACCGACCCAGGCGCCGGCGAUACCAAGGCUGACCUCACCGGCCUUGCCCGUGGAGGCCAGCAGAUCCAGGCUUGCCGUGCUGCGCAUAUCAAGGCCAUCGAGGUCCUCGUGGAGCUUGCCUCCCUCCAGACCUCCUUCCUCACCCUUGAUGAGGCCAUUAAGACCACCAAUCGGAGAGUCAAUGCCCUUGAGAAUGUCGUGAAGCCACGCUUGGAGAACACCAUAAGCUACAUCAGAGGGGAGCUUGAUGAGCUUGAGCGAGAGGAUUUCUUCCGGCUGAAGAAGAUACAGGGGUACAAGAAGAGGGAAAUCGAGCGGCAGCUCCAGGCUGCAAAGCAGUUCGCUGAAGAGCAGUUUGCUGAGAAGGUCUCACUGAAGAAGGGUAUCUCUAUUAGCUCUGCCCACAACUUGCUUGUUGCUGGGGCUGAGAAGGAUGAAGAUAUCAUCUUUUGAUGCAGAAACAUCCUUGUGGUGAUUAGGUGGGUUGCUCUCAGGUUUUUAGUAAUAAAGGUUUAUUGGCUCUUUAGUGAUAUUGUGUGCAUAUUUCAUGCUUAGAAUUUUUUGUUAAUCAAUUCUAAUAAUUGGUGUGAUGAAUUCCUUAAGCUAUUUAUGCAUAUGGCAAACUAUAAUGUCAAUGUGUGGUAACUUGUCCCAAAAGAGGGAAAGAUGGUGCUUUAUGUUCAGUUAACUAGCUAGAUUGAACAAUGUGGAGAUGUAUCUGGUUUCUUGUAUGAAGCUCCACCGAUGUAGCUCUCAGUACUUCUUUUUGAGCCUUUUGCGAUUAUGCUGAUAAAAAAUUCUGGAUGAAUAAAUGGAAUGAACAGUAGAAUCUGAA